AUGCCUCGACCAUCACAGCCGUCAUGCGACUUGUCGGCCAUCCUCGAAAUCUGGCCUAGCCACGACCACCAGUGUGCCGGAAUUGCAAAAGGCGCAGGCAGACGCUGCAAUCUGACCACUAACCAGCUAAAUCGCUCUAUCGCCUGUUCUCUGCUACGAGAAGGAAGCGCUCUUCUAAACUCUGGAGAACGGUCCAUCAACGACAUCCUCACGGAACUUGCACCUCGCACUCUGUGCGUGCGAUGGCAUCAGUACCAAGCCAGCGGACUUGUUAGCCAAUGGGCAAGGAAAGUGGACAAGUUUGUACAGCAGCGACGAGCAGCUCCGACGAGGGAAAGUCGCGAGAGAUAUUUCUCGUCUAGACAGUCUACUCCGGAAACCAGGACGGGUGGUAGUCCAACACGCAUUCAAAUUCAGCAGAAUAAUAUCUUUUUCAAUGUUGAAUCUUUAUACGUUUCCUCGAAUAUGCCAACUCCACGAGCCACACCACCCCCAGCAAAUACACCUCAACCUUCGAGGACAACUACACAAUCCGUUGCCACAAUUCCUGGUAGCAGAAGUAGAGGUUUUCAAGUAACUCCGUCAAUUACUGCCCCAACUCCAUCUCGCAUGAUAGAGAAUCGCGUGACGCCGAGGAACGAGUCAACAGAAACAGCAAAUACAGCCAAUACAGCCAAUACCCAGCGGCGCAUCUUACCACCGCUAUCGGGAAGAACGAACAAUACCGUCACUCGACGGCCGAUUGAAGGAGAUUGUGGGAUCUGUUACCUUCCGCUAGUGAACGAAGACGAAGACGAAGACGAAGACGACACAAAUCCUUCUGAUGAUUCAGUUUCCAGGCGACGUGGAGGCAAUGAGGUUGUUUUUAAUUAG